UCGCGAUUGGCGGCGGCACUGUGGCUGGUAGUGGCGAUGAUGUCCAUGGCGGCGCGGCGGGGCCCGGGGCCGGUGUCGAUGCUACUGCUUCUGCUGCUGUCGGCAACGGCGGCGGCGCGGGAGGGGGACCCGCGGCAGGAGGCGGCGGUGCGCGCGCUUGCACGGCGGCUGCUCGGCCCGCGCGCCGCCGCCGUGUCGCUGUCGGUGUCGGCGGCGCUGGCGGCAGGCGGCACCGACGCGUACUGGCUGCGCUCGCCGCCCGACGCCGCCGUGGCCGUGGCCGUGACGGGUUCCAGCGGCGUGGCGGCGGCCGCCGGCCUCUACCGAUACCUGCGCGACUUCUGCGGCUGCCACCUCUCGUGGUCUGGAGCGCAGCUCCGCCUGCCUGACCCGCUGCCGCGGCUGCCGACCGAGAUCCGCGCCUCCGCCCCCGGCAGGUUCCGCUACUACCAGAACGUCUGCACCCAGAGCUACUCCUACGCCUGGUGGGACUGGGAGCGCUGGGAGCGCGAGAUCGACUGGAUGGCACUGAGCGGCAUCAACCUGGCGCUGGCCUUCGCGGGGCAGGAGGCUGUCUGGCAGCGGGUGUACCGAACGCUGGGGCUGAACCAGUCUGAGAUCGAUGCCUACUUCACCGGGCCAGCCUUCCUGGCCUGGAACCGCAUGGGCAACCUGCGGGGCUGGGCAGGGCCACUGCCGCCAUCCUGGCACCUCAAACAGCUCUACCUGCAGUACCGGAUCGUGGAGCGGAUGCGCUCGCUCGGGAUGACCACGGUGCUGCCAGCCUUCGCGGGCCACGUGCCCCAGGGCGUUCUCCGGGUCUUCCCACACAUCAAUGCGACUCGCCUCGGGGGCUGGAGCCACUUUGACUGUUCCUACUCAUGUACCUACCUGCUGGACCCAGAGGAUGCCAUGUUCCAGGUGAUUGGGACCCUCUUCCUGAAGGAGCUGAUCAAGGAGUUUGGCACAGACCACAUCUACAGUGCAGACACCUUCAAUGAGAUGACUCCACUCUCCUCAGACCCUGCCUAUCUCUCCAGGGCCAGCAGCGCUGUCUUCAAGUCAAUGACAGGAGCUGACCCCGAGGCAGUGUGGUUGAUGCAGGGAUGGCUCUUCCAGCACCAGCCUGACUUCUGGCAGCCGGCACAGGUGCAGGCACUGCUGCGUGCUGUGCCCCUCGGCAGAAUGAUUGUCCUUGACCUCUUUGCUGAGUCCAAGCCUGUCUACCUGUGGACAGAAUCCUUCUAUGGGCAACCCUUCAUCUGGUGCAUGCUGCACAACUUUGGGGGCAACCACGGCCUCUUUGGUACCGUGGAGGCCAUCAACCAUGGCCCAUUUGUGGCCAGGAACUUCCCAAACUCCACCAUGGUGGGCACUGGGCUGGUGCCCGAGGGCAUCGAGCAGAAUGACAUGGUGUACGAGCUGAUGAAUGAGCUGGGCUGGUGCCAGGAGCCCCUUGACCUCCCCAGCUGGGUGACCCGCUAUGCCGAGCGCCGCUACGGCGCUCCAAACACUGCUGCGGCUGCGGCCUGGCAGCUGCUCCUGCGCAGCGUUUACAACUGCACCGGCGUCUGCGUCAACCACAACCACAGCCCGCUGGUGCGCCGACCCUCCCUCCGCAUGGACACGGAGCUGUGGUACAACGCCAGCGACGUCUACGAGGCCUGGCGCCUGCUGCUGAGCGCCAGCGCCCAGCUGGGCUCCAGCUCCACCUUCCGCUACGACCUGGUGGACGUGACGCGGCAGGCGGCCCAGCAGCUGGUGAGCGACUACUACCAGGACAUUCGCCGCGCCUUCCAGAACCAGGCGCUGCCCGACCUGCUGACGGCCGGCGGGCUGCUGGUCUACGACUUGCUGCCGGAGCUGGACAGCCUCCUGUCCAGCCACAGCCUCUUCCUGCUGGGCCGCUGGCUGGAGAGUGCCCGUGCCAUGGCCACCAGUGACCAGGAGGCUGAGCAGUACGAGCUGAACGCCCGGAACCAGGUGACACUCUGGGGGCCCAGCGGGAACAUCCUGGAUUAUGCCAACAAGCAGCUGGGGGGGCUGGUGCUGGACUACUAUGGUGUGCGCUGGAGCCUCUUUGUCUCUGUCCUAGUGGAGAGCCUCAAUUCAGGCAUCCCCUUCCACCAGGACCAGUUCAACCAAGCUGUUUUCCAGGUAGAGAGAGGCUUUGUCUAUAACAGGAAGCGCUACCCAGUCAUGCCAGCUGGGGACACGCUGGAGAUCUGCAGGAGGCUGUUCCUCAAGUACUACCCCAGGGCCCUGCAGCACAGCCAGGCUGGGCCUGCGUGACUUUGGGCCAUGCCUCCAGAGCCUCUGCCAGAAGGGAGGGCAGAGACCCCCAUGUCCUUAUCAUGUCCAGGACCCCACAGCUCCUGGCCUGAUGACUGCAUCCUGGCCAUGCUGGAAUGAAGAUGCAGACUCCCUGUUUGGCUGGCAAGUCGGUGAUGGCAGAGAGGCAGCCAAGGAGCAUCUGCUCCUGCCCUGAGGGAAUUGGGGAACUGGCCUGAUUCCGGUGUGGUCCUGGGCCUCCCUGUGCCAGGUGCUCCCAGCUCCAUGGACUUCAGUGCUUGCAGGAACCCACCCAGAUUUGUGCCCUGUGUAUUGAAAAAGACUCUGUGGAGUUUUCUGCACACUUUCUGGAGUUUUCUGGGGACACACUCCCUGGGAAGGGGUUUCAAGGACUUGCCCCCAGCUGUGGCACUACCAGACUGCAGAGCAAUUAAAGGCCUGGCCCCGGAGUGCUCUCUUC